GUAAAAAACAAAUGGGCAAAAACACCUGCAUGUGGCCCGCGGGCCAUGGUUUGAGGACACGUGUUCGAUACCUUUAGUCACACUUGUAGUGUUUGUUCAUUUUACUUGACAAAUCCUUAUUGAGCACCUGCUACAUACCAGUUGUGCUAGGCACUGAGGACAAAGUGGAAAACAAGAUUUCUACCUUGUGGACCUCAGGGUCUUACCUUAGGGGUUGCUCUCUCAGCCUCAGUGGACCAAGCAGGCUAGUUUGCUGGCUGGGAUUAUUGGGCUUCACUGAAUUUUAGAAUCCUGCCCCCAGAUCCCCCAGAGGUCAGUGGCACUGACUUUUUCUUCUGAGCUCCCCCAGGGAAAUAGUUGGCUGGAGUGACUUGUCCUUGGGUGCCUUUGAUCCAUUAUGUGUAACAAGGACUUUCAUUUCUCUCCCAGACCUUCUGUCUAGAUAUGGGCCAGGGCCUGGAUGACUAAAGACAUUUUUGUGUCUGCCACUCUUCGAGGUUCCACUUUUGUGACUCUGAGUAAGAGUUCAGGUUCUUAAGACCGGGCUGGGAGUGCUAUGUUACCAUAGCAUACCAGACAACCAGCCCCUCAUUGGCAGAGUUUGGAAGACUGCUCAGGAGUGAUUACUCUUGUUAGCAAGUGCAUGACAUUCUGCUGCAGUUCUGUCUGCUCCCCACCUGGUGCCUCAUUACUUUUCUCCUUUGUGCCAUUAUCCAAGAAGGGGGUUUAGAAUAUAAGAUGAGUGCAACCACAUUCCAAAGUUGUGGUUUAGAAACAAUCCGUUGCCUCCAUGGAGGGGGACACUCCACUAUUGCCUGUUUGAUAUAUGAAUCAAACCCACCAAAAAUACAACCACUGUUUCCAGUCUGGAACUUGGAGGUUUUAUCAGACUUGAGAGUGGAAAGCAGAACACUGUGUUGGGGUGAUAACUUGAAGUGGAGAAAAUUGAUGUCAAGGACAUUGAAAUGGCAUCUGUUUUUGCCCAGGCUAAUUACAUGUGUAACGAAUGGCUGAUGAACCAUUAUUAAUUUCAAGCAAAUAAUCUACAGUUAGCUCUUGGGAAAAGAGUUCUAGUGAUACAGAUAACCUCCUAUGAUGAGCCAAUUCUGAAUCUCUGCACCCUCUAUAUCCCUAUAGAUGAGCAAAUUCUUUGUCUACAAGCUACCUAAAAUGACUAGGGGUAAAAUGAGAGAGGGAAGCAUUUAGGCAAAAACAAGGAAGUUAUUUUAUGCAUAAACAUCCAUUCUUUGGGGUUCUCAUAAUAUGUGCCAGGGACAGAAAGCAUCCUUUCUCUUCACCACCCAUAAUCAGUGAUCCCAGCUGGCAGCCUGGCACUGGUGACUUUGUCAGUGCCAGUGCAAUAAAGGAGCGGACUGUGUGGGAGGCUGUCCAUGUUAGGUAUAACUUUGUUCUAAGGAGAACAGCCAACUACUGAAUUCAUCUAUGUUUCCCUUAUGGGAACUCCCCGGCCACGGAAGGAGAAUAUGGUGGGCUUUUCUUGGGCAGCCCCUGGAACUUGGAAAACCAUUUCUCCUGGAAUAAGUGGUAAGUGGACAGGAGUCUUGACCUCCUGCCCACUUACCCUCACCCAUCAGUUGCACACAGACUCCCCUGUAGCCCAGUGCUUAUUACCAGUUGUGGGCCAGUAGCGGGCCAAGAGGAUGGUGACACACAUUUAUUAAGCAGGCUGCCAAGCCAGGAGGUCAGCACGUGAGCAUACAGUGGUAUCUGCCCUCUAGGCCAAGGUGCAUGAUGUUAGAAGUCUCUUGCUUCAUUCUCCAGAUCAGCCUGGAAACCAGAGCUCCCUCUAUUAGUCAAACAGAUGGCUGUGGGCGACAGAGCCCUGAAUUGCUGAAUAUGUUCCUUCCAUUCUCCCCCUCCCCCCAGAAUCACACCAUAGUACUGCCCAGUAAGGUAUCUGAGACCAUAAAGGGCCAGAGGACACAGCUGCCCCAGCUUCUACCUCCCCCUCUCUGGCCUCUGCAAACUAGCCAUUAACUUGAGGAAGUUCUUUGUGUGGUAGCUUGGAAACCCAUGAGAGAAAGAACUGAAGGAAGCUCAAAGCCUCUCAAGGACAGUGUACACUUUGCCCUGUCUCAUAUUUUCUCUUGUCUUCUUUAACCCAGAGUCUAUAAAAGGAGAACUACGGGCCACAAUCCUGAGUCCCCUAACUUUAACCUUUCCCACUAUCCCUAGAAAACUUUCUGGUGGGGAUUGUCUAGGAGAGGCCCAUCGGUGAGUCCCUGAGAUGACCACUGUGGGUGACCAAGAUGACCUGAGUCUCCUGUGGUCUUAUCCUUGGGCUGGGUUGUCCCCAGAGCAGGCCCUUACCUCUUAUGUGGUCUUUAAAAGUGGACCCACAUCGCCACCCCCAGCCCUACAGUGGAGCUAGUGUGGGCCUGCUAAAAGACAAAACUAGACAGUAUUUGGGGGUCUGCAAGGGUAUGUGGCCAGGGAAUGAAGGGCGGAGAAUUCCCACCUCUGAAAAAGCAUUCCCCUAGUUGCUAAGUCUAAAUACAAUUUAUUUCAGUGCUGGGGGACAGAAGGGAGUGAAGGGGACCAGUCACUUGCUCCUUAUAUGGGCUAUUUUCUUGGCAGACUUCAAAAGGAGACCAUGGCUAGGCGGGGGGUGGGGAACUGGGUUGGGGCCAAUGGAAGCAGCUUGGCAGCACUGUCAGCUGGCAAACCCAGAAGCCAAGCCUGGUCUCUGCCCCGUUCCUGUUCCCCACCUGUCUCUACCCUUUUCUCCCCUUUCCCUGGCCCUGCCAGACUCUCUUAUCUCCCUGGGCGCCAGCCUCCACCCACCCCUGGAGGGCGGGGCUUGGCUGCACCCACGUGUGGCAGAGUUAAAUGCUCCCACCGGCAGAAGAGCUGGGGAGUGUGGCACGGAGCCUGCUUGGGCAGAGAAGCAGAACCAUGGCUGGCAAGAAAGUCUGCAUUGUAGGCUCCGGCAACUGGGGCUCUGCCAUCGCCAAGAUUGUGGGUGGCAAUGCAGCCCAGCUGGCAUGCUUUGACCCACGGGUGACCAUGUGGGUGUUUGAGGAAGAUGUCGGAGGCAGAAAGCUGACGGAGAUCAUCAACACUCAGCAUGAGAAUGUCAAAUACCUGCCAGGGCACAAGCUGCCCCCAAAUGUGGUGGCUGUCCCAGAUGUGGUCCAGGCUGCAAUGGAUGCUGACAUCCUGAUCUUUGUGGUGCCCCAUCAGUUCAUUGGCAAGAUCUGUGACCAGCUCAAGGGCCACCUGAAGAAAAACACCAUUGGCAUAUCUCUUAUUAAGGGGGUAGACGAGGGCCCCAAUGGGCUGAAGCUUAUCUCCGAAGUGAUUGGGGAACGCCUUGGCAUCCCCAUGAGCGUGCUGAUGGGGGCCAACAUUGCCAGCGAGGUGGCUGAUGAGAAGUUCUGUGAAACAACCAUUGGCUGCAAGGACCCGGCCCAGGGACAACUUUUGAAAGAGCUGAUGCAGACACCCAAUUUCCGUAUCACAGUCGUGCAAGAGGUGGACACAGUCGAGAUCUGUGGGGCCUUAAAGAAUGUAGUGGCUGUAGGAGCUGGCUUCUGUGAUGGGCUGGGCUUUGGUGACAACACCAAGGCAGCGGUGAUCCGGCUGGGACUCAUGGAGAUGAUCGCCUUUGCCAAGCUCUUCUGCAGUGGCCCUGUGUCCUCUGCCACAUUCUUGGAGAGCUGCGGCGUUGCUGACCUCAUCACUACCUGUUACGGAGGGCGGAACCGCAAGGUGGCCGAGGCCUUUGCCCGUACAGGAAAGUCCAUUGAGCAGCUGGAGAAAGAGAUGCUAAAUGGGCAGAAGCUGCAGGGGCCCCAGACAGCCCGGGAGCUACACAGCAUCCUCCAGCACAAGGGCCUGGUAGAAAAGUUCCCUUUGUUCAUGGCUGUGUACAGGGUGUGCUAUGAGGGCCAGCCAGUGGGUGAAUUCAUCCGCUGCCUGCAGAAUCAUCCAGAACAUUUGUGAGUGGGGCCAGGGCCCAGGCCAGCAGCUUCUUUACUCCAAUGGAGACUGGCAGAAGCUUGGGGCACCUAGUCACAGGGAUCUCUGGGACUCCCUGUAGAGCAGAAUCUUCUCAGCUUCUCACUGGAGGGCAGGAGGCAGUGGGCCAGCUACGCACCUGGAGAUCCUGAACUGCCAAGCAGCCUGCAGUCUCCUGCCACCACAUCCUGCCAGAAAUGGAGUUGCCACGUCCCUCUCCAGAUGUGGGGCUUUCUCCCUGUCCUCUGGAAGGGCAGAAUCAAGCCUCAGUGCUGCCUGCUUCAAUUGUGUGUGUAUGGGGGAGGGUGGGGAAAGAGGACAUCAGGGCAGGGGCUGCCAGGGAGGGGUCUGGGCUUUUGAGCUGACACAGGAUCCAGAGACCCCUUAACUGACUUCUGCCAGGCUCCACACAGCUUUAAUGGAUCUCAAUGUUUGUUAAUAAAAUACAAAGAUCUCAAACAAA